GGCCUGGACCUUCCCCCCUGGCUGCCGCUGAUGACUCCCCUCCAAGUGGGGCCGGUAACCCUGCUGCACACCCGCGCCCGUGGACUCAAUGACCUCGUCCUCCAUGACCUCCACGUCCUCGCCCACAACUUCACGGGCAGCGUGAAGUUAAGCCUGCCUAUGCUGGUGGUGGAGGGGGUAUACGAGAUACCAGGCUUGUGGUGGACUACGACGGGGCACUUCAACCUCACCCUCACCAACAUCAGCGCUGACACCACCAUCAGCAUCGCCGUGCUGCCCGAUGGCUGCUUCUGCGUCUACGACUAUCAGACCAACAUGACGCACGGCAGCUUCUCGUACAGCACGGACGGGUUGCUGGACGACGCUGGUUUGCUGGAUUUCUUCUUCGACGACCUCUUCGCCCUCCUGCUUCACUUGACGAAGCCCACAAUUCUGGCCUUCGCGAACCACCAGAUUCGUAGGGGCCUAACGAACUUCCUACCCCCCAAUGGCACAGCAGACUCUUCCUCAAUACCUUCCUCUUCACUCCCGCCUUCCCUUGAACCUUCAGAACCUAUUUCUCCACAUACUGUGAUGUAUGACAAUGAUCAUUUACAGUCUCAUAAUGAUCAUUCAUUAUCCCAGGAUGAGUUAUCCACAGGAGGAAAUUUACUGACGUUCGACGAUCAUUUAUUGACUCCGGAGGAGCUGCCUUCCCCUGAAGAACAAGUAGCCGCUCUUGUGAGAUUCGUGAGCUACCAAAUUGAGUGGAUGAUUGGAGACCCCCUCUACCUGCCCAACAUCACCCUCAACGUCCUGGACAUUGCAGAAGUGAGUAGAUACCAUCCCCUCUACCUGCCCAACAUCACCCUAAACGUCCUGGACAUUGCAGAAGUGAGUAGUUAUCAUCCCCUCUACCUGCCCAACAUCACCCUGAACGUCCUGGACAUUGCAGAAGUGAGUAGUUAUCACCUCCAUCUUGUUAUAAUUUAA